AUGAUGUUAUAUAUUUUAACAUUAUACCUGUUAUUAGUAGGAAGCUAUCAUUUCGUCCAAUUAGGUUCUGUUUGUAGUAGUAAUAACAGGAAACCUGUAAGACGAGUAACUCUCUCUGGUUAUAAUAAUGAUACAGUACCAUGUGAAUGUCAAAUAACUUUACACAAACUUAGGGAUACCUUAAAUCCUUUAAAUACAAAUAUCAGUAUAACCCAUUUUCCUGUUUCCUGUAACGACAGUAUAUAUUGGUUGGAUGGUAAUACUACUAAAGUUGAAAGCAAGCACGAGAAUUCUACAUUUAACAUGGAUUGGAAUGGUACUCUAUAUGUUCGGAUGGAAAAUAAAAAAAAGAUUGGUUCUGGAGACUUGUGUUUUAAUUUGAACGUCAUAACAAAGUCACCAGAUUAUACUGUAGCAGCUACAUGUCAGACUCUAAAUAAGAACACUGAAACAGCAUCAAUAACCACAUUACAAUCUACAACAGGACAUACUGCGAAAUUAACAAAUACGUUUGUCGUGUCUCAAACAGUAGACAAUGUUUCUAAGCAGGAUAAAGAAACAAACAUACCCUCCUCAACUACCAUGUCCACAAGAAAUCAGAGGACUACAGGGGAUAUUGUGAAGAUAAAAGAUGAUGAAGAUGAUGAAGAUGAUAACGACGCUAACACACCGUGUGAGUUAUGUUCAGAUAGAUUGAGUCAUCAACCUCCGGUCAAAAUAUAA